AUGGGUAUAGCCUAUGAGUCUAUAUGCCUACCUGGUGCGACAGUGGAUUCGGGAUUCGAUAAAAUUAAUGAAUUACAAGCAGCCGAAGUUUUACUAUCACUGGCCAAAGGUUCAUGCUCGAACUGGUCAAUAUUUUCACAAAAUAAAUCACCAAUAAACCAAAAUUCUUAUUGCUCUGAAUAUCAUCGAAAUAUGUUUAAGGAGACAGUUAUACAAAAAACAGGAGAAAAUGAACAAAGGAGUAAAUCUCAAUCCUACUUAACAUCAUUAGAUAGAAAUUUACAUCGGAAUAUAAAAUUUAAACUUCAUCGAAUUAAAUCUUUAACUAAUAAAAAAUCACAAUCAUCAAUUAAUUUCGAUAAGCUGCAACAAGUUCCGGAAACUAUUCCUCAUCAAAAUGUCAGUUCAUUUAGCCCUAUUAUGAAUACAUCUAAUUUGCAAAUAUCAAAUCCUUCUUUAGAAACACCAAGCAAUGAACAAGUAUCUUUCUACAAUCAUCAAUCUUCUAUGAAUAAUUUUAACACUAAUUGGUCAAAUAAUCUACCUAUUAAUACUGGUGAAUCUCACCUUCUAACUAAGUCAUUUCAACAAAUCGAUGAAAAUUCUUCUGAUUCUAAGCAUAUCCCAUUGAUUAAUCAAACAAAUCAAUUCACUACUGAUCAACAAUCCGAUAACCGAGUUACUUUUACUCUUUGGAAUGAUUGUGAACUUUCUCCUACAGCUUCUAAGUCUUUAAAUUGUGAAAAUAAUAAUCUCAAAAGUGUUGAACAACACCAAUACAUUUUGGAUCGAUUACUUCAUACUAACUCUGAUCUUACAACAUUAAUGCAUUCAUCAUUAUCAUCAUCAACGACAACAAAUGAUACAUUUCGAUCAUCUAAUUCAGAUUCACAGCUUUUACGAUAUGAUUUAAAUGAUUUUCCUCAGUGUACACUAACUCAUUAUUAUGAUCAAAUGGUUGAUAGACAAUCUAUCAAUGAAACAAUGACAUCAAGAAACCGUGACAGUUAUUUAUCAGUUAUUUCCAGCCCACCAUGUACUGAACAAUAUUGUACUAAUGUGAACCAAAAUUGUCAAAAUUUCACUCCAACUGUAAUCAACGAUAAUACAUCGAGUAUCAAAUUACAAGAUACACCAACUGAUUUAAUAUUUUCAAAUGUGAACUGUUCAACUGUUUCAUAUUGUACUAUGAUGACAUCACACAUUACUAAUACUAAUAAUACAAUCAUUACCAAUCUCACUGCUCCACUGAAUAGUAAUACUACUACUACUACUGCUAUUACUACUACUACUGCUAUUACUACUACUACUACUACUACUACUAAUAAUAAUAAUAAUAAUAAUAAUAAUGGCUUAGAAAGAGUGAAGUCUUAUAGAUGCAACUUUGAUGGUUGUACAAAAGCUUAUUUCAAAAGUUCUCAUCUUAAAGCUCAUAUCCGUGUUCAUACAGGUGAAAAACCAUAUAUUUGUGACUGGAAUCAUUGUAAUCGAAAAUUUGCACGUUCCGACGAAUUAUCCCGUCAUCGUAGAGCACAUACAGGUGAACGUAAUUUUAUUUGUCAACGUUGUCCACGACGAUUUACACGUAGUGAUCAUCUUAGUAAACAUUUACGGCGACAUAAUUCCCCAAUGACAUUAAAAUAA